AUGAAGUUGACAAAAUCUCCUUCGCUAGCAGUGGCUGGGGAGUCAUCUACAAAGUUCAUUGGCCGUCUAUCUGAGAGCGCUGCCAUAUAUGGAAAGACUUUCAGACUUGUUAAUCUGUCUCGCAAGGAAUUGCAGGUUUCUCUUUCGACAGUCGAUUGGCCAACUGGAGUUGAACUAUUGUACCCUGAAACUGUGAGCGCUAUCGCAGCUGGGCAAACGCUCGAUAUCCCAGUAACGGUCAGCAGCUGUUUCAAUGCUAAGAAUUCGGAAUGUCUCCACUUACGUCUGCUUCAUCGGAAUGUCCCUAUGUCUCACUUAUUAUCUUUUAAGGUUAAUCCUUCAAAGGAACAUUUCGAAGGACCACUGUUAACGGAGCUUUACGAACCAGGCGAUGUACUCCUACUUACAAAACUUCGCAAACCGCUUAAUGAAGCCCGUACUUUGAAGAAGAGUGAAAGUUUGGAAAUGAAGGAAACCCCGGAAGAAACCGUCAGUACAGUGGUAAACAUGUUGAAGGACGAGGUUGAGUGCCUUUGUAGCGUGCUGCUUACAGAUGCCAAUGUCCAGGAAAAAGCAUUUAUCAGCCAGCUGCAAGCUGCUCAGAUCCUUGAUUCAUCCAAUUACACUGACAGAGAGAUAGAGGAAAAUCUCAUUGACAGCGUCCAUACUGCUAUCGAUGGCAACGGAGAUAUUGUAUGUUAUAUUCACAGCCAAUCAUUUUAA